UAAAUUUAUUAUACGAUGCUAUAAAUAUAUGCGCAUUCCCCUCCUGUUGAAAAGCACGUCCCAGUUGCUACUCCCAGCCUUAGAGAAGUACUGCUCCCCUCCCCUCCCUCUAGGCGGCAUUCUUGGGAAUCAUCACCGCCACAUUCUUCCAGCUAGCAGAUCCAUGGCUCUGCGGACAAUGUUCUUAGUGGCAUGUGCCCUGUCUCUGCUUCAAUGUACAGCAGUUCUUGCAGCAAUUGUGGAGCAUACAUUCAAUGUUGAGAAUCUCACUGUUAGCCGUCUAUGCCAAGAGCGGACCAUCAUCGCCAUCAACAAGCAGCUUCCUGGUCCGAUCAUACGAGCCCGUGAAGGCGACACCCUCGUCAUCCAUGUCAACAAUCUGUCUCCUUAUAACAUGACCAUUCACUGGCACGGGAUAUUCCAGACGUUCAGUUGCUGGAUGGACGGGCCGAGCUACGUGACACAGUGUCCGUUGCUGCCGGGGAGGAACUACACGCACCGAUUCAACGUGACGGGACAGGAGGGGACGCUGUGGUACCACGCCCACGUCUCCUGGCUGAGAGCCACCGUCCACGGCGCCCUCAUCAUCCGCCCCCGCCACCGCCGCUCCUACCCCUUCCCCAAGCCACACCGGGAAUUCCCCAUUGUUUUAGGUGAAUGGUGGAAUGCCAACGUAGUGGAAGUGGAGGCUCAGGCUCUCGCCUAUGGUUUGGCACCAAACAUAUCCGAUGCAUUCACCAUCAAUGGAAAACCAGGCCAUCUUUACCCUUGCUCCAAAAACGUGAUGCACACCAUCGAAGUCGUCCAUGGCAAGACCUACCUGCUCCGCAUAGUCAACGCUGCACUCAAUAGCCACCUCUUCUUCAAAGUCGCCCACCACAAGCUCACCGUGGUCGGUAUAGACGCAACCUACACCGAACCAUACCAUACCGACUUUGUUGUCAUCGCACCGGGCAAUACCAUCGACGUCCUCCUCACGGCCGACCAGCCACCGGCACGGUACUACUUCGCGGCUCGCGCAUAUUCAAGCGCAAAUGGCAUCCCUUUCGACAACACCACCACCACUGGCCUCCUUCUGUACACUCAUGAACCGGACAAGACCGCACCGGUCAUGCCCGUCCUUCCUCAGUGUAAUGAUACCGCAUUGGCAACCCGGUUUUAUACCAGUUUGACCGGGCUCAGCACACCAGAGUACCCGCUUGUGGUACCGACUAAGGUGGACGAGCACAUGUUCAUCACUCUUGGACUCGGUCUGGUGGGCAAGAACUUGGCCGCCUACAUGAACAAUGUAUCGUUGGUACUUCCAUCAACGAGAUCAUUGCUGGAGGCACAACACUUUGGUAUUUCCGGCGUGUACACGCCGGACUUCCCGAACGAGCCACCGGUGAAGUACGACUACACCAACCCGAACAUACCGCAGGCAUUGUGGCAGACGCAGAAGGCGACGAGGGCGAAGGUGCUCAAGUUCAACUCGACGGUGCAGAUGGUGCUGCAGAACACGGCCACAUUGGGUGUGGAAAACCACCCCAUACACUUGCAUGGGUACAACUUCUACGUCCUGGCACAAGGGUUCGGGAACUACCAGCCGGGCAUGGACGAGGCUAAGUUCAACUUGAUCAACCCCCAAAUGAGAAACACCCUCGGUGUGCCUGCCGGUGGUUGGGCUGCCAUCCGGUUCACUGCUGAUAACCCUGGAACGUGGAUCAUGCACUGCCAUUUCGACAGCCACCUUCCAAUGGGCUUAGGGACGGUCUUUCUGGUUGAGAACGGACCAACUCCAUCAACGUGUCUUCCUCCUCCACCGGAUGAUUAUCCUACCUGCUAGAAACCCUUUUCUUAAUACAAAAGAGAUGUGAAGAUUAUUCUGCAACGGAAUAGUAGGUAGGAUUCCUUCCAAUAUCAAAUUUGGAGUUUGUUAAGCAUUGUAAUAAAGAGGGCGCGGCAGGCCAUGUAGCAAACAGGAACUCCGUUGCCUUGUGAUAUUGUUCAUUAUUCACUGCAUUUUUGUGCAAUUAUAAAUGGAAAAGCAGCUCUUAAUUCAAAA